AUGGUGUUGGAGAUUGUGACUUCUGUGGUGUUGUUGGUUGUGGGUAUUGCUGUAUUGGUCAUAAUUCAUGUAUGUAUGGUUGGGAGAACAUUUAGGAUGAAUCAAGAAAGCAUCGAGAGUGGUACUCUGGUGCAGAGUAGUUGUACCAUAUCAGAAGAUGAUAUCAAGAAGCUUCCAUGGUAUGAUUACAAGAUGGAUGAAGAUGAUGAUGAUGAUGAUGACGUUGAUGAGAAAAAGAGAACAGCCGAGUGUACGGUGUGUUUGGAGGGUUUUAAGGUUGGGGAUAAGUGCAGAUUGUUGCCAAAUUGCAGCCAUAGUUUUCAUGUUAACUGUAUUGAUUCAUGGCUCAUCAAGACUGCUGCUUGUCCAAUUUGUAGAACUUGUGUUGAUUUGAGGACAAAGUUGUUGGAGGGGAAGUAG